UCCGGCCGUAGCGGACACUUCCCGUGGAGGGACUGUCCCGUGGCACCCAGCGGAGCCGAAGAGAACGUGGAGCGCCGGGAGCGGCGACGAUGGACGACUGCAGCCUAGAGGAGUUCCGUCGGCGCUGGCAGGAGGAGCUGGCGCAGGCCCAGGCGCCGAGGAAGUGGCGGCGGCCCGAGGCUGCCGAGAGGCGGGCGCGACGGCCGGAGGUGGUCCACGGGCGCAGCGAACAGGCCUCGGGGGACCCGGCGCUGGCCCAGGGUCUCCUGGAGGGCGCAGGGAGGCCUCCGGCGGCGCGGGCGACUCGGGCCGAGGUGCAGGACGUGGCGAGCCGUUCCCGUUUUCCUCGGGCCCGUGAGGGCGCCGGGGGCGGGGAGCAGCUGGUGGACCAGCUCAUCCGCGACCUGAAUGAAAUGAAUGAUGUGCCCUUCUUUGAUAUCCAACUGCCUUACGAAUUGGCAAUCAAUAUAUUUCAAUAUUUGGACAGGAAAGAACUAGGAAGAUGUGCACAGGUGAGCAGGACGUGGAAGGUGAUUGCAGAGGAUGAGGUGCUGUGGUACAGGCUGUGCCGGCAGGAAGGGCACCUUCCGGAUAGCAGCAUCUCCGACUAUUCUUGCUGGAAGCUCAUCUUCCAAGAAUGCCAAGCCAAGGAACACAUGUUACGAACCAACUGGAAGAGCCGCAAAGGUGCCGUGAGCGAGCUGGAGCACAUUCCUGACGCGGUUUUGUGUGAUGUGCAUUCUCACAAUGGCGUGGUCAUUGCUGGAUAUACAUCAGGGGACGUGAGAGUGUGGGACACCCGCACCUGGGACUACGUAGCCCCCUUCCUGGAAUCAGAGGACGAGGAGGACGAGCCUGGACUGCAGCCAAAUGUCUCCUUUGUGAGGAUAAACAGCUCGCUGGCAGUAGCAGCUUAUGAGGAUGGGUUUCUCAAUAUUUGGGAUUUAAGAACUGGAAGGUACCCUGUUCAUCGUUUUGAGCACGAUGCAAGAAUACAGGCACUAGCCCUCAGCCAGGACGAUGCAGCUGUGGCCACGGCUUCUGCUUUUGACGUCGUGAUGUUAUUCCCCAAUGAGGAGGGGUACUGGCAGGUAGCUGCGGAAUUUGAAGUUCCGAAACUGGUUCAGCACCUUGAAAUAGUUCCAGAAGCCAGAAGGUACCCCGUGGCAAUAGCCGCUGCUGGAGACCUGAUGUACCUGCUUAAAGCCGAAGACUCCGCCAGAACCCUCCUUUACGCCCACGGCCCGCCUGUCACAUGUCUAGAUGUCUCGGCCAACCAAGUUGCUUUUGGUGUACAGGGUCUGGGAUGGGUGUACGAAGGAAGCAAGAUUCUGCUGUAUGGCCUGGAAGCAGGACGCCACCUCUUGAAGCUGGGUAACGUUCUCCGUGACUUCACCUGUGUCAACCUCAAGGACAGCCCUCCCAACCUCAUGGUCAGUGGCAACAGGGAUGGGAGGGUGAGGAUCCACGACCUCCGCACCAGUAACAUCGCGCUGUCACUCUCUGCCCACCAGCUUGGGGUCUCUACUGUGCAGAUGGAUGACUGGAAGAUCGUCAGCGGAGGCGAGGAAGGCCUGGUGUCCGUGUGGGAUUAUCGGAUGAACCAGAAGCUGUGGGAGGUGUAUUCUGGACACCCCGUAAAGCACGUCUCAUUCAGCAGUCGCAGCCUCAUCACGGCCAAUGUGCCCUGCCAGCCGGUGGUGCGGAACGCCGAUCGGGACAACUUCACUCCUCACAGGAGACACCGGGGGCUGAUCCGUGCCUAUGAGUUUGCGGUAGACCAGCUGGCCUUCCAGAGCCCGCUCCCUGCCUGCCGUUCCUCCUGCGACACCAUGGCCACUCACUACUACGACCUUGCACUGGCUUUUCCCUAUAACCAUGUUUAGAGAAGUGCCUCAGCUGGGAGCAAGGAGAAAAAUGGGAAGAACCAGUUUUACCCAUCUUAAAACCACAGGCAGCUCCGCACAGGGGCAGAAAGCAGCCCUAGGCACGCGCCUGACACACGAGUCUCCCCUGUCCCUACCCGAUUGCCCCCAGCACCUGGGAAAGCUGCCAUUUGCUGGGGCUCAAGUCCCACAUGCUGCCGACUCGACUCAAACGUAGCCCAGCUGUGGCACCCGCAGCCAUCCAGCCACCCUGGCCUUGGAUCCCUGGCCGCCCUGGGCCUCUCGCCGGGGUCCCACACAGCCCCUGCUCGGCUUCUUUCCCCUUUUCCUCUGAGGGCCUUUGCAUGGGCCUGUCCCUGGCCUCCAAGGCAGUAUCUCCACGUCCGUUUCCCUGUAUUUACUUAGGGUGCUCCGCUGCGACCUCGCCGCCACCACCUCCCAGCAUCAAGCUGGUGGGGCCGUACCUUCUCCUCAUAGCUUUACCAGGGUUUAUAAUUAUAUACUUACACAGUUUAGUCAUUAAUAACUCUUUUUGCUAACUAUUGUGUCUAUCAUAUGUGAUAUAAAGUAAAUAUUUUCUAAAUAUUGACUAAGCAGCCAUCAAGAUGAAACAGCACAUGAGAAAACAGAGCCGCCGUUUCCAAAGCAUUCUAGAAGCAAGCCAUUGCCUUACUGUUGAUUUUCAACACUUCUAAACACAAUGGCAUCCACCUACUAUACCUUCAGAAUGUCAAAGCAAAAACUGAUAGAACUACAAAGAGAAGUAAAAUCCAUUCUCACAGCA